CUCAGGUCGAUGCUCGGGUGGUGCUGAGGACAUCCUGAUGGCUGAAUGAUGGAGUCCGUGCUGCUGUUCCCGUCGGUUUAAGACACCCCGCUCAGGAACACCACCUUUAUUCAACUCCAUCAGCUCACUCCCGCCCAGCGUCAUGUUGGCCAGGAAGGGCCUGCUGCCGGACGGCUUCCUGCUGACCCGGCUGGCGGAGGACCAGAACCAGCCAAACCGCAGCCGUUCGAGGUCUCAGAGAGCCCGCUUCAUCACCAAGACCGGAUCCUGUAACGUGGCUCACAAGAACAUCAGGGAGCAGGGUCGCUUCCUGCAGGACGUUUUCACCACCAUGGUGGACCUGAAGUGGCAGCACUCCCUCCUCAUCUUCACCUCCGCCUUCCUCUGCUCCUGGAUGCUCUUCGCUAUGAUCUGGUGGCUCCUCGCCUUCGCUCACGGAGACCUGGAGCCCCGCGACCCCAACGGCGAGCCGGGCCCAGUCCCCUGCGUCACAGCCAUCCACUCCUUCACCUCGGCCUUCCUCUUCUCCAUCGAAGUCCAGGUGACCAUCGGUUUUGGUGGCAGGAUGGUGACGGAGGAGUGUCCGCUGGCCAUCACCGUGUUGAUCAUUCAGAACAUUUUGGGGCUGAUCAUCAACGCCGUGAUGCUCGGCUGCGUGUUCAUGAAGACGGCGCAGGCCAACCGGCGAGCAGAAACACUCAUCUUCUCCAAAAACGCCGUCAUCGCUCCUCGAAAUGGCCGCCCGACCUUCAUGUUCAGAGUGGGAGAUCUGAGGAAGAGCAUGAUCAUCUCAGCCACCGUCCAGCUGCAGGUGAUCCGGCGCACGGUGACGUCAGAAGGCGAGGUGAUCCCCGUGUGCCAGCUGGACAUCCAGGUGGAGAACCCCCUCAGGAGUAACGGCAUCUUCCUGGUGUCUCCUCUGAUCAUCAGCCACACCAUGGAGCGAGGGAGUCCU